AAGCUUUCUCUGACAUCAACACCACAGUCCGGCAGGUCCAAGGGGAUCCUACGAUUAAAGAACGCCCGUUAUGGAACUUUCACUUGAAAGGGGUUAUAGCUCAUUCUCGCGCAAACGGAGCAAGGCAUCGGCUGGUUUGAAAGAAGACGCUAGCCUUUGUCAUGUCUGUCAAGAAACACCUGCCGCAGUGGUUGUACGAUUGCCCGCUCUUCGGACGACAAAACUUAGUCAUCCGCAAAUGUACUGCCUUCUUCACUACUACUCAUCGAGCGCUAUUCGUACAGAUGUAAAGUACGUUACCGUACUUGAUCAAGAGGAACUGAAUCGACAACUCCCGGCCGUUCAAGAAUUGUUUUCUGAAGCGUACGUUUCUCUACAACAAGAGCUUUCGGAGCAAUCCGCACGGGCCUUUUCUCGCCACCAGCAUGACCCACUCGCCAUCUUACACGAUCUUAACAAGAAGUCUCGAAAGGCACCGCCAGCGGCUACACCUAAAAAGGUUGACUAUUCUGCCGGAGGGUUUAUACGAGAGGUUCCCUUGCCCGAACGACUACUCCACACCCAACAGCAACAAGCUCGACUGCAGUCGCACUUGAUUUCUCGUAUGGAGAAAGCGUCAGAAUCCGCGCGUCCUACUUCCAAAAUAUCGGAUCUCUCUCGACGAAGACCUUCCAGUCGUAAAUCGAUCUGGAAUGUUGUUAUGGAUCAACCGACGAAAAAACAGAACUCGGCUAAAGGGGAAAUAUCCACCGAAAGAAAGAAGUACGCCAUUCACCCCGACACGACGAUAGUGGACGACACGACGUGCAGUGCUUGUGGAAGUCAUCAAGUUGAGAUCGUCGGUUCCAAUACCAGUAGAAAUCAGGACGCUACCAAGGGCGAGAUUUGGGGAAAUAAGGAUCGGGGCGACGAGACUGUUACCCGGUAUCGAUGUCUAAAUUGUGCCCGUACAUGGAACGAAGAGGACUAG